AUGUUCCGCGUCCGGGAACUGCGUUUCCACGCCGCGCUGCGCGAGCGGUACCGCGUCCUCGACUUCUUCACGUCGGGCGAGCCCCUCCCCGCCUUCCUGGCCGCCGCGGCCGCCGACCAGGACCCGCCCCGUGCGUUGGUCACUGCGGGAGGCGACUCUGUUCGUGUGGAUGCCGCGUUCCUCGACGCCGUGCCAUCGCUCCGCUUCGUCUUCAGCGCGGGCGCAGGGCUGGACCACAUCCACCUCGGCGAGUGCGCGCGCCGCGGCGUCGCCGUCGCCAACUCUGGCACGGUCUACUCCACCGACGUCGCUGACCACGCUGUCGGCAUGCUCGUCGACGUGCUGCACCGCGUGUCGGCGGCCGAGCGGUUCAUCCGGCGCGGGCUCUGGCCGCUCCAGCAGGGGGCUACCAUCCCCCCGGCACCAAGAUACUUCCCUACCGUCCACGACCUCGCUUGCGAAUCGGACGUGCUCGUCGUGGCGUGCGCGCUGAGCAAGGAGACGCGCCACAUCGUGAACAAGGACGUUCUUGACGCCCUCGGGAAAGACGGGGUCGUCAUAAACAUCGGCCGGGGGCUGAGCAUCGACGAGGAGGAGCUUGUCAGCGCGCUGGCGGAGGGGAGGAUCGCCGGAGCUGGCCUCGAUGUCUUCGAGAAGGAACCCCAAGGUGCCUGCGGAGCUCUUCUCCAUGGACAAUGUGGUGCUGAGGCAUCAUUGCGCGGCUUUCACGAAGGAGUCCUUCGUGACGUCACCUAUCGGGAACCUUGA